UUCUGGCAAAAGAGAAAAAAUGUACAACAACGACUGAACACGAUCGAGGAGGGGAAGACGAGAAAGAAAGAGGAAGAGGGAGAGAGAAAUAUCGAAACGGCUACCAUCUUUUUGCUUGCGUCUCCUCCUUCCCUCUUCUUUCCUGUUUUUUAUUUUCAAAAAGCUUCAACUGAUCGUCGCCAUCAUCAUCAUCAUCAUCAUCAUAGAGAUUGUCAGGCCGUUCCUUCUUCUUUUUUGUAAAAUAUAAAUAUAUCCCUUCGUUUCUGGUCUUCCUUUUUUCCUUUUCUUUUCGGCGAUCUCCGCAAUUCUCUUCUGCCGAUCUGCGAUUGGUCCUGCCUGUUCCUUCUAGAUUGGUGCUUCAGUGCUUGAUCGCCGCCGUCGCCGUCAUCGGGAGUCAAUCUGUGGAGGUGGAGCGCCAUCGUGGUAAUCGCAGAUGGCUGCUCCAGUUAACAUUGUGGAAGGUUCUGAGGUAUGGGUUGAGGACCCAGUUUUGGCCUGGGUUGACGGAGUGGUUAUAAAGAUUGCAGGCCAAGAUGUCCAUGUUCAAACUACAAACAGCAAGAAGGUGGUCUCACACUUGUCAAAAGUUCUACCCAAGGACACUGAGGCACCUCCAGGGGGAGUAGAUGACAUGACAAAGCUUUCUUACUUGCAUGAACCUGGUGUUCUUCAGAAUUUGGCCACCCGAUAUGAACUUAAUGAGAUCUAUACAUACACAGGAAAUAUUCUGAUCGCAAUAAAUCCAUUUCAAAGACUGCCUCACCUUUAUGAUGUUCACAUGAUGGAGCAAUACAAAGGAGCAUCACUUGGGGAGCUGAGUCCACAUGUGUUUGCAGUUGCUGAUGUGGCAUACAGGGCAAUGAUAAAUGAAGGAAAGAGUAAUUCUAUUCUGGUUAGUGGAGAAAGUGGGGCUGGUAAAACGGAGACUACAAAAAUGCUUAUGCGUUAUCUUGCUUUUCUUGGUGGUCGAAGUGGAACAGAAGGAAGAACAGUUGAGCAGCAAGUCCUAGAAUCAAAUCCUGUGCUUGAAGCAUUUGGCAAUGCAAAAACUGUCAGAAACAACAAUUCUAGCCGCUUUGGAAAAUUUGUUGAGAUUCAAUUUGACAAGAGUGGAAGAAUAUCUGGAGCAGCUGUUAGGACUUACCUUCUUGAAAGGUCCCGUGUCUGUCAAAUUUCGAGUCCUGAAAGAAACUACCACUGCUUUUACCUUCUUUGUGCAGCACCGCUUGAGGAAAUUGAGAAAUAUAAGUUAGGCAACCCAAGAUCAUUUCACUAUCUCAAUCAGUCUGAUUGCUAUGAACUGGAUGGUGUCGAUGAUGCACGUGAGUACCUUGAAACAAGAAGAGCUAUGGAUAUUGUUGGAAUUAGUGAACAAGAGCAGGAGUCAAUCUUUAGGGUGGUGGCUGCGAUUCUUCAUUUAGGCAAUAUCAAUUUUGCGAAGGGCAAAGAAAUAGAUUCUUCUGUACUGAAAGAUGACCAGUCUAAGUUUCAUCUCCAAAUGACUUCAAAGCUGCUUAUGUGUGAUCCACAAAGCUUGGAAGAUGCACUUUGUAAGCGUGUGAUGGUGACACCUGAAGAAGUGAUCACUAGAAGCCUUGAUCCUGAAGCUGCUAUGCUUAGCAGGGAUGCUUUAGCCAAAACAAUAUACUCCCGUUUGUUUGAUUGGUUGGUUGACAAAAUUAAUGUUUCUAUUGGCCAAGAUCCAAAUUCCAAGGCUUUGAUUGGAGUUCUUGAUAUUUAUGGAUUUGAAAGCUUUAAGAACAAUAGUUUUGAGCAAUUCUGUAUCAACUACACAAAUGAGAAACUACAACAACAUUUUAAUCAGCAUGUGUUCAAAAUGGAGCAGGAAGAGUACACAAAAGAGGAAAUCAACUGGAGUUACAUAGAGUUUGUCGACAACCAAGAUGUUCUAGAUCUGAUUGAGAAGAAACCAGGAGGAAUUAUUGCUUUGCUUGAUGAAGCAUGCAUGUUCCCAAAGUCAACACAUGAAACAUUUGCCCAGAAGCUUUACCAGACAUUCAAAAACAAUAAGCGCUUCAUCAAGCCAAAGCUUUCUCGUACCAAUUUCACCAUCUCUCACUAUGCUGGAGAGGUCACUUAUCUAGCUGAUUUGUUUCUGGACAAAAACAAAGAUUACGUUGUGGCAGAACAUCAGGCACUAUUGAGUGCUUCACAAUGCCCUUUUGUGACAUCCUUGUUUCCUCCGCUUCCUGAAGAUGCAUCAAAAUCAUCCAAGUUUUCUUCUAUUGGCGCCAGAUUUAAGCUGCAACUUCAGUCACUGAUGGAGACCUUGAGCUCAACUGAACCACACUACAUCCGCUGCGUGAAACCAAACAAUGUCCUAAAGCCUGCAAUUUUUGAGAACUUCAACAUCAUCCAGCAACUACGUUGCGGCGGUGUUCUCGAGGCCAUAAGGAUUAGCUGUGCCGGCUACCCGACCAGGCGGACUUUUUAUGAGUUCCUUCUUCGGUUUGGCGUACUUGCUCCAGAAGUACUUGAUGUAAACUUUGAUGAAAAAGUCGCAUGCCAAAUGAUUCUAGAUAAAAUGGGUCUCAAAGGCUAUCAGAUAGGAAAGUCAAAGGUCUUUCUUAGAGCUGGUCAGAUGGCUGACCUGGAUGCACGCAGAACAAGGGUAUUAGGAAAUGCUGCAAGAACUAUUCAAAGGCAGAUUCGAACAUACAUUGCUCGGAAAGAGUUUCUUUUACUUCGUAAAGCUGCCAUUCAUUUGCAAUCACAAUGUAGAGGAAGAUUGGCUCGUAUGGUGUAUGAGCUGAUGAGAAGGGAGGCUGCUGCAAAGAAAAUCCAGAAGAAUUUAAGAAGAUAUCUGGCCAGAAAGUCAUACAAUUUGCUAAGGGCAUCUGCAAUCACAGUGCAGACAGGUCUAAGGACUAUGACGGCUCGUAACGAGUUCAGGUUUAGGAAGCAAACAAAGGCUGCUACUAUUAUUGAAACGCAUUGGCGUGGUUACAGAGAAUAUUCAUAUUACAAGAACUUGCAGAAGGCAGCUGUUGUUACUCAGUGUGGCUGGAGAAGGAGGGUUGCCAGGAGAGAACUUCGGAAGCUCAAAAUGGCUGCAAGGGAAACUGGAGCACUCAAAGAAGCUAAGGACAAACUUGAGAAACGUGUAGAGGAACUCACAUGGCGUUUGCAAUUAGAGAAACGAUCAAGAGUGGAUCUCGAGGAAGCAAAAGCUCAAGAAAUUGCCAAGCUACAUGAUGCUUUACAAGCUAUGAAAACUCAACUGGAUGAGGCAAAUUCAACAAUUAUCAAAGAACGUGAGGCAGCUCGAAAAGCUAUAGAAGAUGCUCCUCCUGUCAUCAAAGAAACACAAGUUCUUGUUCAGGAUACAGAAAAGAUUGAAGCUUUAUCUGCCGAAGUGGAUGCCUUGAAGGAUGCGUUACAAUCAGAGAUGCAGAAAGCCAAUGAGGCUCAAAAGGCUUGUGCUGAAGCUCAACAGAAAAAUAAGGACUUGAUUAAAAAGCUUGAAGAUGCUGAAGGCAAGGUUGAUCAACUUCAAGAUUCAUUACAAAGGCUUGAAGAUAAGCUUUCAAACCUAGAGUCAGAGAAUCAAGUUCUUCGUCAGCAGGCAUUAGCCAUUUCUCCUACUGGAAAAUCUUUGUCGGCAAGAUCGAAAACAACUAUUAUUCAGAGGGCACCAGCAAACGGUGAAACAAAGACACCUAUGGAAUCAAAUCAUGUGGUGCCUAGCACAAAGGAUCUAGAAGUUGAAGAGAAGCCCCAAAAGUCUCUCAAUGAGAAACAGCAGGAAAACCAGGAUUUGUUGAUCAAAUGCAUCUCACAGGACUUGGGUUUCACAAGUGGCAGACCAAUUGCUGCUUGUGUUAUAUACAAAUGCCUUCUGCACUGGAGGUCCUUUGAGGUGGAGAGGACUAGUGUUUUUGAUCGCAUCAUUCAGACGAUAGGUGCAGCCAUUGAGGCACAGGACAACAAUGACACGUUAGCGUAUUGGUUAUCCAAUUCAUCCACUUUAUUGUUGCUCCUUCAACACACACUCAAGGCAAGUGGAACAGCUAACAUGACUCCACAGAGAAGGAGAUCAUCAGCAUCGUUGUUUGGUAGAAUGUCUCAGGGAAUCCGUGCCUCUCCCCAGAGUGGUGCACUAUCAUAUCUGAGCAGUCGAAUGAUCAGUGGCCUGAAUGAAUUGCGCCAAGUUGAUGCCAAGUAUCCAGCUUUGCUCUUCAAACAACAGCUUACAGCUUAUCUGGAGAAAAUCUAUGGCAUGAUUCGCGACAAUCUAAAGAAAGAAAUAUCUCCUUUGCUUGGUCUGUGUAUACAGGCACCAAGGACAUCCAGAGCAAGCCUGGUGAAAGGUUCACGCUUUCAAGCUAAUGCUGUUGCUCAACAGGCUUUGAUUGCUCACUGGCAAAGCAUUGUGAAAAGCCUGAACAACUUUUUUAAAGUACUGAGGGCUAAUUAUGUACCACCAUUCCUAGUCCGGAAGAUUUUUACCCAAACAUUUUCAUUUAUCAAUGUUCAGCUCUUUAAUAGCCUUCUUUUGCGGCGUGAAUGUUGCUCAUUUAGCAAUGGGGAAUAUGUGAAGGCAGGACUUUCUGAAUUAGAGCACUGGUGUCAUGAUGCUACGGAAGAGUACGCAGGCACUGCUUGGGAAGAACUCAAACACAUAAGACAAGCAGUUGGAUUCCUUGUUAUACAUCAAAAGCCAAAGAAGACAUUGAGAGAAAUCACUAAUGAUCUUUGUCCAGUACUGAGCAUUCAGCAGUUAUAUAGGAUUAGUACAAUGUACUGGGAUGACAAGUAUGGCACGCAUAGUGUAUCUUCAGAAGUUAUUUCUAGUAUGCGAAUACUGAUGACUGAGGAUUCCAAUAGUCCUGUCAGCAGCUCCUUUCUACUGGACGAUGAUUCCAGCAUACCAUUUUCAGUUGAUGAAAUCUCCAAGUCAAUGCAGCAGAUUGAUAUAUCAGAUGUUGACCCACCACCUCUGAUCCGUGAGAAUUCAGGGUUUGUCUUCUUAUUGCAACGGACAGAGUAAGCCUCGUUAUGAAUUUUAUUCAUGGCUUUCUUAGGUUUCUGCCCAGAAUCUCAUAGAUUCUCAUCGUCCUCAUCAUUCAGCAACACCUGUGAAUACAAUUUGUCCAUCCUUUCUUCCAUUUCCCUGAGUCCAUUGGGUCUUAGGUCCAAUGGGAUGUGAUUUGAUCUAUUUUUUCUUGUUUCCCACAGAAUUAGUUGGUUUUUUUAGAAUGUCAGUUCUUUGGGUGCUUGGAGUAUUUUGUCCCAAGUGUUCCUAUCCUAGAUAUAUUGUGUGCUCAUGCAACGGAUCUUAAUCCAAAUUGAAAGAUUGCACCAGAUGCAGCAUUUCAUUGGAUAGAUUUCUUUUGCUGGUUGUGCAAGUUCAGCUCACCAGUUCGUCAAGAUGCUCUUUCAUGUAGUUCACUGUAUUCUAUUGUCUUGUGAGUCCAAUGGUAGUAACAGCAACAGCCACAUUUUUUGGCCCUAAACAUUAUAUUGUAAUUUGUAUUUAUUCAUUAGGUUGGAAGAGUGCUUCCAGCCUUUGUAAUGUAAUGUUAAUAUAAUGUGUUUGGCUUGCUGUCUC